UCGAUGUGCGGUGAUCCGAUCGAGUCCAUGUAUGUCAGCUGGUCUAGCGUCACCAACAACACAACGCACUCGAAACACGCUCGUUUUCUCACGGCCCUCAGCAAACUCUCGCAAAAGCGUUUUCCCCAUCUUUCACUAGAUAACAGCCGGCUUUGAAGCUGAAAGACAAGGUGGAGGCUUUAGAUCUGUACGCCUACAGAGAGAGAGAGAGGCUCCAGCCAUACAAGAUGGAGUGCAAAUGGAAACCAGACGAGCGGGGACUUCAGCAGAUCUUACAGCUGCUCAAGGAAUCACAGUCCCCCGACACAUCCACGCAACGAUCCGUCCAACAAAAACUUGAGCAGCUCAAUCAAUACCCGGACUUUAACAACUACCUAAUAUUUGUGCUCACAAAGCUAAAGUCAGAAGACGAGCCCACUCGGUCUCUCAGUGGUCUCAUUUUGAAAAACAACGUUAAGACCCAUUACCAGAACUUCCCAAACGGCGUGUCUGACUUCAUCAAAAAUGAGUGUCUGCAGAACAUUGGAGACUCCUCACCGCUCAUUAGAGCCACAGUGGGUAUUCUGAUCACGACUAUAGCCUCCAAAGGAGAGUUACAGAACUGGCCGGAGCUUCUACCUAAACUCUGUUUACUGCUGGACUCAGAGGACUAUAACACUUGUGAAGGGGCUUUUGGAGCCCUGCAAAAGAUCUGUGAGGACUCUGCUGAGAUCCUGGACAGUGACAUGCUGGACCGUCCUCUCAACGUGAUGAUCCCCAAGUUCCUGCAGUUCUUCAAGCACAAUAGCCCCAAAAUCAGGUCCCAUGCCAUUGCCUGUGUCAACCAGUUCAUCAUCAGCAGAACACAGGCCCUGAUGCUGCACAUAGAUCCUUUCAUUGAGAACCUGUUUGCACUGGCAGGUGACGAGGAGCCCGAAGUGAGGAAGAAUGUGUGCAGAGCUUUAGUCAUGCUUUUGGAAGUCAGAUUAGACCGUCUCAUUCCUCACAUGCACAACAUCAUCGAGUACAUGUUGCAGAGGACACAAGAUCAGGAUGAAAAUGUCGCUCUGGAGGCCUGUGAAUUCUGGCUCACACUCGCUGAGCUGCCUGUGUGUAAAGAGGUCCUGUGUGGACACCUGCCCAAACUGAUACCAGUUCUUGUGAGUGGAAUGAAAUACUCUGAGAUUGACAUAAUCCUGUUGAAGGGUGAUGUCGAGGAGGACGAAGCAAUCCCAGACAAUGAGCAGGACAUUCGCCCGAGGUUCCAUCGCUCACGCACUGUGGCCCAAAAACACGAUGGGGGAGAAUCCAUUGAGGAAGAGGAGGACGAUGAAGAUGAGCUGGAUGAUGAUGAAACCAUUUCAGAUUGGAACUUGAGGAAAUGUUCUGCAGCUGCACUAGAUGUUCUGGCGAAUGUUUUCAGAGAUGAUUUGCUGUUGCAUAUUCUUCCUUUACUGAAAGAACUGCUGUUCCAUCCAGAGUGGCUUAUUAAAGAGUCGGGCAUACUUGUACUGGGAGCCAUUGCUGAAGGCUGUAUGCAGGGGAUGAUCCCUUACUUGCCAGAGUUGAUUCCUCAUCUGGUACAGUGUCUGUCUGAUAAGAAGGCACUGGUUCGAUCCAUCACUUGCUGGACUCUGAGCCGCUACGCACACUGGGUUGUUAGCCAGCCCCCCGACAUCUACCUCAAACCACUCAUGACUGAACUACUCAAACGGAUACUAGACAGCAACAAGCGUGUCCAAGAGGCCGCCUGCAGUGCCUUUGCUACCCUUGAAGAGGAGGCUUGCACUGAGCUGGUGCCGUACCUUGCUUUUAUUUUGAACACGUUGGUCUUUGCUUUCAGUAAAUACCAGCACAAGAACCUUCUCAUCCUCUAUGAUGCCAUUGGGACUCUGGCUGACUCUGUGGGCCAUCAUCUCAACAAACCAGAAUAUAUUCAGAUGCUGAUGCCUCCAUUGAUUCAAAAAUGGAACCAGCUAAAAGAUGAGGAUAAAGAUCUCUUUCCCUUACUGGAGUGUCUCUCGUCUGUGGCCACCGCCCUGCGGAGCGGCUUCCUGCCAUACUGUGAACCUGUCUACCAGCGCUGUGUCAGCCUGGUCCAGAAAACACUCGCCCAGGCUGUGGUGAGAAGCCACACAAAUACACACAGACCCACUCAUCUCUCGCUCCACCAGAGUCAGCCUGAGUUGUAUGAAGCUCCUGAUAAAGAUUUCAUGAUUGUGGCUCUGGAUCUGCUCAGCGGAUUAGCGGAGGGUCUUGGAGGGAACAUAGAACAGCUAGUUGCCCGCAGCAGCAUCCUCACUCUCAUGUACCAGUGCAUGCAGGAUAAAAUGCCAGAGGUCCGACAGAGUUCUUUUGCUCUUUUGGGAGAUCUGACCAAAGCCUGCUUCCAGCAUGUCAAACCUUGCAUUGCGAACUUCAUGCCUAUCUUGGGCACGAACCUGAACCCAGAAUUGAUAUCAGUCUGCAACAAUGCAACAUGGGCCAUUGGAGAAAUAUCCAUUCAGAUGGGUUCUGAGAUGCAGCCGUAUGUCCCGGUGGUUUUACAGCAGCUUAUGGAGAUCAUAAAUAGACCCAGCACACCCAAGACACUGCUGGAGAAUACAGCAAUAACAAUUGGUCGUCUUGGUUACGUUUGUCCUCAAGAGGUGGCACCCAUGCUACAGCAGUUUAUAAGACCCUGGUGCACCUCUCUACGCAAUAUAAGAGACAAUGAAGAGAAAGACUCUGCGUUCAGAGGAAUCUGCACCAUGAUCACGGUCAACCCUGGUGGUGUGGUGCAGGACUUUAUAUUUUUCUGUGAUGCUGUUGCAUCCUGGAUGAACCCAAAAGAUGAUCUUCGAGAAAUGUUCUAUAAGAUCUUGCAUGGGUUUAAGAACCAGGUUGGAGAUGAGAAUUGGAGACGCUUUUCUGACCAGUUUCCCCUUCCACUCAAAGAAAGACUAGCAACAUUCUAUGGGGUGUAGAUGUUAUCUGAUUGAAGAGCUUAUUCACUAUGGGAGAGGAUGGGAACCUCUGAUAACCAGGGCAUAAUGUUGCCCUUUUCCUGGGGGGAAGGGUGGUCUAGCAGGGGUAGGAGCCAUACAGCCCACCGGACCCCUGUAGACAGGGUGGGAGUGAAGUGUUAGCUAAGGAAACUAGUCAACGACACCUUGCCAAGCCAAACCAAAAUAGGGAGGAAAGCUUUUUCAUCAUGUUAUAACAAUCAGCCAUGAUGGCAAAAACAAAAUACAUUGUUAGCAUUCAUUCACUAGGGCACUUAAUGUAACGGGACAUCCAGUGGUAAAAAAAACUAAAAAACAAUGAGACGAAGAUAAGGUAACACAAUGUAACUCUAGAAAUGCAAGUCCUUUCAUAUCAUUGAUAGUGAAAUGGUUUUGAUCUUUGCCAUUUGUUUUGGAUCAGCGGUGAUGCAACGAUAAAGGAAAACAAAUCUGAAUAACUGCAUACUUUUCUGUCUUGGUAAAUGAAGUUGGUAUGCACAAAUUGAGAGGUAAGGCUGCAUAUUAACGCAGUGAAGAUGGUUGAAUGGUGCAAACAUCUGCUCUGUCGAGUUACACUUUCUGAUCUCCAGCGUGGCUUGACAUGGAUCCAAACUAGUGAACCCUAAACACAUUUUUUUGUUCACAUUUGAAACAUACAUCAGCGAUUUCUUUUUGCUUAGUUUGCUCAGAGCAUGCAUUUGAAGAUGCUUGUGAUAUCUUUUUUUUGGCACUGAUCGGGUUAAUCUGUAUGUUCAGUUGUAUGAUUUUGUGUAUGUUGGUGGCCCAAUUAGCGAUAAGUUUUUCUAUCACCCCUCAUACAGACUAGAUUUGAUUGUGUUCUGUCCACACAAACACAACAUACAAGAGGUGACGUGUUUUCAAUCCACAUAUUGCUUUUGUGACUUGGUUUAUUUAGUUAUGUCACCUCCUGCUUGAGGUUUGAAUAACAUCGGUGUGUUGUGUGUGAUCCUGGACACUUCCGUGCUUGUGGAGGCAGUUUUUGUGUCCCUCAUGUGAAUAGUAGCAAGCCUUGAAAGUUGGUUCUUACAACUACAAGAUAAAUUCUGGAUUCAAACCGAACCAGCUGAGAUUUCAAACCUUUCAGGAUGUAAGGAGUUUUUCUAUUUUUUUUUUUUUAUUAAUUUAGAUCUGAACAUCAUGGGGUACUGUCAGGUGUUUGUGAGUCUGUGUUGUGUUGGUGUAUUUCUGCAGUGUUUUUAUUUUCUUCAGGUUAUCUGUCACAUUCCAGCUGUUUUGCAUUUGUAACCAAUAAGAAAGGAGAUUGUUCUGACAAAAAAAAAAAAAAAAAAAAAAAAAAUGAAAAGAACAAACAAAGAAACAUGAUGUAGGCAGAUAUUAUGAAUGUUAAGUGUGCCGUCUUACACUAAUGAAUGCUGCUAUGUGUUGUAAUUUUCUACUUGAAUAUUUUAUGUUGUAGAGACAUCAGGAGGUAUGUUUAACUUUUUUUUUCUUUGCUGUGUUUUUUUAAGUUUUUAUUUUUUAUGAAUCCCUCUCUCCGCUGUUCAGGCUCCCAUGUUUUAUAAUAAUAAUAGAGCCAUUCCCUGUAACCCAUUCAGCUGCUAGUGAAUAUCCUUUCUAAUGGUCAUAUUUUUGUCACUAUCUCCAUGUAAAAGAAUGUAAAACCUUUUUUUUUAUUUAUUUUUUAUUAGAGGAGAUGGACACUUAAAUAGGAUACAUCAUGUGGGUUAAAAUGGAAGUAACUGGGCCUUAUAUAUGUGAACAUUUGUUAUUUAUAAAAUAUAAAUGCAGUAUGUACUGUACCACCUUGAAGUUUUUCAGGGGUUAAAUACGGCCAUGAGACUUGGAGAUUGCACAGUAAUGAAUCUAAUGGUUUUACUUUUUUAAUGGUUUAAUUUUGUUGUUGUUGUUGUUGUUAUUGUUGUCUUUUCUUUAUGUGAAGUACAAAAUGUAAAAAUCGAAAUAUUGUGUCCCCACCCCAGACUGGACCUGUCUAGUUCUAUGUGUGGAAAUCAAGAAAAUGUUAUAAUGAAGUCAAAUUUUGCUCAAAAGCUCCCUUUUCUGUUUUUUUUUUUUUUUUUUUUUAAUUUUUUUUAUUACUUUUAUUUUAUAAUCUGAUUUUGCAGAAAGAUUAAAAUAUAGAAUGUAAUAAUUUUUAGGGGCCACCAGAUAUUUUGGAACAUGCAAAGAAUAUAUAUUGUACUGUAGAAAUUUUGUAAAGAUAUUUGUAUGACAUUCUUAUGGACGUAAGUUUGUUUCACUGCUUGGAUUUGUGCAUUGAUAAGAAUAAACACUUUUU